AUGUCCAGUACUAGACCAGACCUUAAGUUUGCUGAUACGGGAGAUGAAAGACAAUAUUACAGAAAGUACAGUAAUCUUCCUCCUAAAGAAUCGUCCACUAUUCGUAUAAUUGACCAUAAUAAUAAAGAUUAUUUCACGGCCCUUGACGAAGACGCUGAUUUGAUUGCAGAUAAUAUUUACAAAACACAAUCGGUAGUUAAGUAUAAUCAAACACAUAAAAAUAAGUAUGUGACUAUUUCGCCUCAAGUAUUCAGUAAUAAUGUUUUGAGGUUUUGCUUGAUCGAUAAUAAUUAUAAGGUGGAAAUUUACAAUAGCAAGACAUUCCAAAUAAUUGCGAUGGCUACGCCAGGGAACUUGGAGAGCUUGUCUAAUGAAUAUGGAGUGAAUUUGGAGAAUAUGAUAAAGGACUAUUCUGCACCUAUGAUAGCGGGGAUCAAGUAUCAACAAGUAGGCUCUCUGAGAAAGAUUGGUAUAUGCUUAAUUGAUUUACUGAACAAUAGCAUACAAGUAUCCGAGUUUGACGAUAACGAUCUUUUUUCGAACUUGGAGAGUUUAUUGUUGCAAUUAGGGGUCAAGGAGGUUAUAUUACCGUCAAGUUACGACCCACUGGAUGAGAAUAAUGAGGUGAUUAAAUUAUACCAACUUUUAGACAAAAUUGGAGGAAUAGUGAUAAGUUCUGUGAAAUCUUCAUUAUUCACUAAUAAGGAUAUUGAACAAGACUUAGGAAAGUUUAUAGCAACCACCAAUGAAGCAAAUAAUAUUGAAGUUGUGCUAGGCUCAAAAGGUAUUAGCUCAAUUGAAUAUUCUUUAUCCUUUUCUUGCUGCAAUGCAUUAUUGCAUUAUUUGGACUUGUUUUCUCAUGAAUCGCCUAAUUUCACUAUCGAUAAGUACAACUUAUCGGCAUUUAUGAAAUUAGAUCUGUCAACCAUGAAGGCGUUGAAUAUUUUCCCAGCACAAUCAAGCAGUUCCAAUAAUUUGAUAACAAAAUCGUCUAAUGUCACCUCAAUAUUUGAACUUUUAAAUAAGUGCAAGACUUCAGUAGGUUCGAGAUUAUUGUCUCAGUGGUUAAAACAGCCAUUAACAAAUCUAGGAGAUAUUAAUGAAAGGCACCUCUUAGUUAAUCAUCUUAUGGAAGAUACAAAUCUUAGAGUGUUCCUUUCACAAGAUUGGUUAUCUCAAGUUCCUGAUGUCAAAAGAUUGUUAAAGAAAAUAUCCAACGGUAUAAAGAAGACUGUCGGAAACGAGAAUAAAAAGCUAGAAGACGUGAUCAGACUCUAUCAAUUGGUCCUUGUAUUACCUCAACUAAUUACUCAUUUAUCGAAUAUCGUUGAAGAAGAAAGCACCAGCGAAGAUAUAAGACUGUUGAUCAAAAAAUACUGGUUAAACCCCAUAUCCCAGAAUUAUGAAUCUUUGAUAAAGUAUCAAGAACUAGUCGAAACUACUAUAGAUUUGUCACCUUUGGAAUCUUCAUCUGCCCAUGAUUUAUUGAAUACUGACUUUAAUAUAAAGCCUGAAUUUGAUGAAUCUUUGAUUGCAAUUAAUGAUAAUUUGCAAGAAACGUUGUCGAAUAUCAAAAACUGUCACAUUGAAGUUAGUGAAGAUUUAGGGAUUGAAAUAGAAAAGAAAUUAAAAUUAGAAAAACAUCAACAGCAUGGAUGGUGUUUUAGAGUAACUAGAAAUGAUUCAUCUGUAUUGCGAAACACUGGAAAUAACUAUAUUGAAUUGCAAACGGUUAAAGCAGGUGUAUUCUUCACUUCAAAAAGUUUAAGAUCAUUAUCGGAAAAAUAUCAAGAAUUUUCGAGUGAAUAUAAUACAAAACAGAGAGAAUUAAUAAAAGAAAUAUUAUCAAUCACGGCAACAUAUCAACUGGUAUUCACAUCGUUAUCUUUGACAUUGGGUCAUUUAGACGUAUUAGUUAGUUUUGCAAAUGUUGCCAUCUUCGCUCCUAUUCCAUACGUCAAACCAUUGUUACAUCCUCUUAGUAGCUCAGUUGAAUCUGAGGAACAUAAACAAAGAAAAAUCAAACUAGAAGAAGCUAGACAUCCUGUAUUGGAGGUGCAAGAUGAUAUCAACUUUAUUGCUAAUGAUGUCUACUUAUCAACUCCAAAUGGUAAUGCUGACUCCAAGGGCAAAUCUUUUGUUAUCAUAACGGGUCCAAAUAUGGGUGGCAAAUCAACUUAUAUCAGACAAGUAGGAGUUAUUGCGUUAAUGAGUCAAGUGGGUUCAUUCGUACCAGCUAGUGAGGAUUCUUCCACCCCUGAAAUCCCUAUAUUCGAUGCUAUUUUAUCAAGAGUAGGUGCUGGUGACUCCCAAUUAAAAGGUUUAUCUACUUUUAUGAUUGAAAUGCUAGAAACUUCGUCUAUUUUGGCUGCCGCUUCCCACAAUUCGUUAAUUAUAAUUGAUGAAUUGGGGAGAGGUACUAGUACAUAUGAUGGGUUUGGUUUGGCUUGGUCCAUCCUGGAACAUUUGAUAAGUGAAAAGAAUUGCUUCACGUUAUUUGCCACUCAUUUCCAUGAAUUGACUGAAUUAUCCACGAAAUAUAAUGAUAAAGUUACUAAUUUGCAUGUUGUUGCACACGUUGAAAAGAAUGAUGGACAAAAUGACGAAGAUGAUAUUACUUUGAUGUAUAAGGUCGAACCAGGUAUUUCAGAUAAAUCGUUUGGUAUACAUGUCGCUGAACUAGUCAAAUUUCCAAAUAAAAUCGUCAAUAUGGCGAAGAGAAAGGCUUCAGAGUUACAAAAUUCCAAUUCUAUCGACGAAGAUCAGUAUAUUCAAAACAAAAGAACCAAAUGCUCAGGCGAUGAGAUUAAUAGCGGGAUCAAUAACUUGAAAGAAAUUCUAAAAAAGUGGAAGACUAUGUGCUACGACUCUGAUUCCAAAUGUACUGUUGAGUCCGAAAAGGCAAUUCAAAUCCUCAAAAAAUUAGUAAAUGAAGACUAUGCUGGAACGAUUCAGAACGACAAAUACAUAAAUGAAGUACUUAGUAUGUUGUGA